CCACUUAAGUAUUUAAAUAUUUAACGAUGAAAUAUUUAAAAUAACUCUGAUAAUACAUAAGAGUGACUGUAUGUAUAUACGCGUACGCACGUGCAUGCAUACAUAAGUAAGGUGUGUCCAGGAAUAAAUGGUUCCGCGCAUAAUGACCUGUGUAUUUCGACCAGGUUAGAAGAGUUUUAUAAAGCCUUCUGUAAAUUGUAGGUAGGAAUCAGACAUGUCAGUUUUUGCUUCGAUGGAUUUUUUUUAUUUCAUUGUUGGCCAUCAAUCCGACUUCCCGCACCAACCCUCAAAUUACCAAUUUUCAACCGAAUUUCGAAAUGAACUGGUUAAUUUUUUGGCAUUAACAUUCGAAUUCUUCUAGCUUUUUCUCCUUAGAGCGAAGGUUAGAGUACUUCUUUUACAUAAGCCUCAAAUCUUGCCGAUUUUUUGCGAAUGGGGACAAUUGGAGGGUUUUUGUUUUUAGGCCCAUCUGUCUCAAUGUAAUCCUAUCUUGGAAUUUUGCUGGGAAUGUAGAUUUCAUGUACAACUUCUGUCGAUAAUCUACACUCACAAGGUGUCCUAAGUUAAAAAAUGUACUUUUCGAAGUUUUCGAAGGAUCCAGAUCGACGUUGGUCUCGUCAUUAUUGAUGAAAAAUUUUCACGACAUUUAUCGACACGUUUUUUUGCAACUUUUUUGCAAUCUGCUGUUUAGGUCCUGAAUGUUUUUUGUGAGACUUCGGUUAUUUUUUUCUGUAAUCCCCAGUUUAUAUACUUUAAUGUUGCGGAACAAACUUUUUGAGAUUUGCAGUAGCCGAGCAGCGCCACCAUUUGACGUGGAAGAGUUAUUGCCGAUGAGUGCUUUAAUGUAUUUCAAGAUUUUCUUGGUGGCUAUGACGAGAGUUGAUCUGAAAUGUUUUUUGAAUUUCACUUUUUGUCAUCCUCAUACAUCGAAAUAUAAAGACAAUUUGUCGUUUUGUGACAGGUUUCCGUUUUGAAGUACUGCCACGAUAUUUUCGAAUAACGAGAAGCGACGAUUUUGCGGUUGUGAAAAUCUUGAUUCGCGAGGUUUUCAUUUUUACCGCGAUUGCUAGUAAAUUUCACUAGUUUAACCAAAAAUGCAUUAUAUCCCCAGGAGGCGCAUGUAAUUACGUUUCUAAAAAUCAAAAAUAGAAAAAUACACAGAUUGCGUUGUGUGCAUACACAGUACCCGGAACCAUUUAUUCCUGGACAAGCUAUAUGUACAUAAACAUGCAAAUAUUUAAGUUCACUUUGUACAAGACUUAUUGAUCUAAUACUUAAAGGCUGUGUAGUAAUGAAAGUCUUAUUUUAAUUAAAUUUGGCCUGCAAAGGCGCGUUCUAUUACGAAAUAAAUUAAAUUUUUACAACUUGUACACUAGCGUUUUGUAACUGUCCUAUUGUACCAAUGCCUCGUAACACCAUAGUUAAAUCGGAGACUCGAUCAAAACGAGUGAAGGGGAGCGCUCUGACAGAGAAAAUAAUAACUACCACAGAAUCUGAGACACAAUUUGAGGCUGGAUGAAAAGAAGGCCUGUGUCCUAUAUGUGGCGUGCAAGUUCGCUAUAUCAGUUUCUAUAGGACACAGUCGCCACCACUCAGGCACGGGCCUGAAGUUAUCCCCCUUACUCUAUGAACUCUAUGAAGAGCUCUCGUCGCUUCAUCCUUAUAUUGUAUCAUAUAUUGUUUCAUAUUGUUUCAUAUUGUUUCAUAUUAGAGACGUUGAGCGAGAGUACAUGAUUGUAAAAAAUUCACUGUAGUUUAGAAUCACAAUCAAAAUCCUGGAUUGUACCUUUCGACAGGUUGAGCGAGAAUAUUUUAUGGGAGGAUUGUACUUCUGAUUAAUUUCUGCCGGCAGAUUUGAAAUUAUAAACAAUUGUUUACAAGUCCAAAAGUGACAGACAGUAAAAUGUCCACCUUAAGUUCAAGUUUAAUUAAAUUGGGUGUGCUCACUGGUGAUUGUGAUGCCUUUUUGUUGGCUGCUGCAGCAAAGCGGAUUAACAAAUUUAACAAAUCUACAUUUUUCUGUUUUGAUGAAAUCGAGGUUUCUCGUUUCAAGUUGGAUUUUAGAUUUGAAAAAGCGGACAUUUUGCGAUUGAAAUCAGAGUUACGGGUUCCAGAUGUGUUAAAAAUGCCUAAUAGGACAGAAUUCAGCGGACUAAUUUGCUUAUGUGUUAUGCUACGACGCCUUGCUUAUCCUAAUCGACUCUCAGAUCUACAAAAGUACUUCGGAUUUUCGCCUCAAGAUUUGUCCUACAUUUUUAACUCAAUGAUUAAUCAUGUUUAUGGCAAUUUUUAUCAUCUUCUGACAUCUCUCCAGUUAUGGUGGUUAUCUCUUGAACAUCUUAAAGAGUUUUCGGGAGCUUUGGUCAGGAAAGGGUGUCCAAUUCCAUCUUGUAUUGGGUUUAUAGAUGGAACCUUACACAAAACUUGUCGGCCCACUCGAUCCCAACAAGAAGUUUAUAGCGGUCAUAAACGGUCGCACGGACUGAAAUAUCAAUCGGUUGUGACUCCAAAUGGAAUGGUUGCAAAUUUAUACGGACCUAUCCCAGGGCGAAGGCAUGACUCAUACAUGCUACAUGAAAGUGGGUUACUUGACAAAUUAGCAGUUCAUUUGGGUGGUCAAGAAAUGUACUUGUAUGGCGACAGUGGAUAUCCACUCCACAGAAGCUUAAUCACUCCACAUAUUGGAAACCAACUUUCAGACCAGCAAAAGUUAUUUAACUUAACGAUGAGCAAAUUGCGGGUUUGUGUAGAAUGGGAGUUUGGUGAGAUAGAUAAACAGUUUACAUUUAUUGAUUUUAAAAAGAACUUAAAAAUAUUUCUGCAACCAGUGUCAAAAUAUUAUUUUGUAGCUACCAUUUUAAAGAAUUGCCAAAAUUGUUUAUAUGAAUGUCAAACAUCGAAGUAUUUUGGGGUUAAGCCUCCGACACUCGAGGAAUAUUUGAGAAAUCAAAAUCUAAACUAAUCACAAACAUGUUCUAGAAAUGAAUGGAAAUAAA